GCAGCAGGAGCAAGGGCCAGGGCCAGAGCCAAAGCCGGAGCCCGAGGCGACGCGAGCUGAGCAGGAGUCACCGAGGCCGCUGCCCGCUCUCCCACCCUCGCCUCCGCCGCCUCCGCGCUCCAGCCUGCGGGUGGUUGGGAGCCGUGGCCAGUCGCGGCCAGCCAGGGGGCAGCGGGUGCCAUGGCCGCGCCGGAGUCGCUGCGGCCCCGCCUGUGUCGCCUGGUACGCGGCGAGCAAGGCUACGGCUUCCACCUGCAUGGCGAGAAGGGCCGCCGCGGCCAAUUCAUCCGGCGCGUGGAGCCAGGCUCCCCAGCCGAGGCCGCCGCGCUGCGCGCCGGGGACCGCCUGGUUGAGGUCAACGGCGUCAACGUAGAGGGCGAGACGCAUCACCAGGUGGUACAGAGGAUCAAGGCUGUGGAGGGGCAGACUCGGCUGCUCGUGGUGGACAAGGAGACAGAUGAGGAGCUCAGCAGGCGGCAGCUGACCUGCACCGAGGAGAUGGCCCAUCGAGGCCUUCCACCAGUCCACAACCCCUGGGAACCAAAGCACGACUGGGCACGCUCGGGCAGCCUUGGCUCAGACACUGGCCAGAAGGAUGUCAAUGGGCCCCCAAGGGAGCUGCGUCCCCGACUCUGCCACUUGCGAAAGGGACCCCAGGGCUACGGGUUCAACCUGCAUAGUGACAAGUCCCGCCCUGGUCAGUAUAUCCGCUCUGUGGACCCGGGCUCGCCUGCUUCCCACUCUGGCCUCCGUGCCCAGGACCGGCUCAUUGAGGUGAAUGGGCAGAAUGUGGAGGGGCUGCGCCAUGCUGAAGUUGUUGCCAGAAUCAAGGCCCGGGAGGAUGAGGCCCGGUUGCUGGUGGUAGAUCCAGAGACUGAUGAACACUUCAAGCGGUUGCGGGUCAUACCCACUGAGGAGCAUGUGGAAGGUCCACUGCCAUCACCAGUCACAAACGGGACCAGUCCUGCCCAGCUCAAUGGUGGCUCCGUGUGCUCAUCCCGAAGUGACCUGCCAGGCUCAGAGAAGGACAAUGAGGAUGGCAAUGCCUGGAAGCGAGACCCCUUCCAGGAGAGUGGCCUCCACCUGAGUCCCACAGCAGCCGAAGCCAAGGAGAAGGCUCGAGCUACCCGGGUCAACAAGCGGGCACCACAAAUGGACUGGAACCGGAAGCGAGAGAUCUUCAGCAACUUCUGAGCCCCUCUCUGCCUAUCCAGGGGCCCCAGGGUCUCUUCCUGCACGGACCUUGGGCCUUUCCAGAGCUCCCCAAGCCUCAGCCGACUGGAGGGUGGUUAUCAUGCUACCCAGAAAACACCCAUGAUCCCAUGAACCCUUGUCUUGUCCACUGGGUGCUGCGGCUGUCAUAGCGAGAUGAGGGAAGAGAGACCCAGAAAUGUGUGAGAGAGACAGAGACAGACAGGCAGAAAGACUGACAGACAGAGACACAGUGCGAGAGGGCGGAGCUAUGAAUGGUGUUUUGCCAAGGGCCUUUGCUGUUUGCCUCGGGCCUGCUGACUGAAAGGAAUUCAUGUUUUCGCUUUUUUUCCUAAAAGGUCUCCAGCUCCACAUGUGUUUCUAGUUAAUAGUGGAGCCCCCUCCCCCACCCCCUUGGGACUCACUCUCUAAAUAAUUGCAAUAAAACGAACCUUUCUCUGCAAACCCUUUCUUACCCACCCUGUCAGCAGCGCCAUCCUGAGCAGAGACCAGGGACUCCAAGGGACAGAUAGCCAGGGGCCAGCCCGCAGGGCCAGCUGUGUCUGUAGGAGCUUCCCUAGUGAGGGAUGGUCCCCGGGCCAGGCCUCUCUCCUCUGCCUGGCUACCCCUGCGCUGCCUCCCACGUGCCGGGUUUUGGAAUGCAAAGCCUCGGUUCUCUGAGAGGGGAGCUCCGGACCACCCACCCCUGUCCUGCUCUGCAGCCCGGACCCCGGAGAUAGUGGGCCUGGACCCUGCCCUCUCCUCAGUGCUUUCAAUGCCCAGACUCACUCAUUGGCACCGCAGUCUGCCUCAUAAGCCAUAGCGCACGUGCGCACCCUCAAAUUAAACAGGCCUUGCCUUGG